UAAUACAAUUAGUACUACAAUUUAAUUUCUUACAAUAAUAUGGUCGAAAGGAAAAGAGGCAUUUACAUCAGUCACAAUCAGACAGGAAUGAACGACCAAGUCAUCUCACAAAAAUUCAAACCAGUGACAGAAAACCCUAGAAAAAUGUAGAAAUAAAAACCAUGACUUUAGAGACCAAUCAUCUCCAUUAAUUCUCCUCAAUACUCCAUUUUCUUAACGUGCACGUCCAGAAACUGAAACAACCAUGGAUGAUCAUGAUCUAGUGCAUGGGAUUGGGAAGAGGCCUCUCUCACCUCCAUUUUACUCUUCCCCUCUCGACAUGUCUCCCAUCGUCACCGCCCUCUCCCAAGUCCUCGCCUCCACUUCACAAAAGCCACCCCCUUCAUCCGAAUCUCUCUUAUCCACUCGCCCUCAACCUCAACCACAAGCAAAAAAUAAUGAAAUGAGGAGACACUACAGAGGAGUCCGGCAGCGGCCGUGGGGAAGAUGGGCGGCCGAGAUUCGAGACCCUAUCAAGGCCGCGAGAGUGUGGCUUGGCACCUUCGACUCCGCAGAAGCUGCUGCCCUCGCCUACGACGAGGCCGCGCUUAGGUUUAAAGGGAACAAGGCAAAGCUUAACUUUCCCGAGAGGGUUCAGGGAAGGACUCAAUCCGGAUACCUAACAAAUGGAUGCAUCAUCCCUAAAUUUUCUUCUCAAUCUCAAACUACUAAUCAUCAAGAAAACCACAUCAAUAUUCGUCAAUAUAACCAUGGAAAUUCAUCUAAUUCGCAAGGGUUUUACAGUGGAGAGCCUCUUGUUUCCGAGGGCUCGUCUCGUGGGGCUAUAGCUUCCCAGGAAGAUGAGCAGAAACUACAAAUUGAUACCCAUUUUGGAACUACUCAUCAAUGGGGAGAAUCUGCAGGAAGCAAGAGGAUGAAAAGUCUGAUUUUACAGAUCGACAAAAGGCCAUCAUUGAGGAAUGGGCUGAACCGGUGAGAAUUUAGACACAUACGCUCGUUCAUUGAACAUAGUACAGUAACUAUUUCUAUAUCUACGAUUUUGAAUAUUUGAUGAAUAAUAUUUGGAUGUUUUUAUAUGUAAGAUUUUUAAUGUUGGGAUGUUUUUGUUGGGAUUUCAAUUCUUUGUGUCAAAAUGUUAUAUACUGAUUUUAAUAUAA